GCUUUGGGCGUGGUAUAGAAAUAGAACGGAGGUACCAGCCUCCGGAAUGGAACAUAUUCAGUUUCGGAAUACAGAGACGGAUACGUAUGGUUAGCCAGAGGACAUCAAAUAUGUCCAAUAUUUGCUCUGGAAAACUGAAUCAAUUCCACCCUGGAACUCGAAUUCGAUAUCCAAUAAAUACGCGCAGGAAUUUAAUUGAAUUGUAUUUUAUGGAUUUAUGAAAAGGCGUAUUUUUUUCCAUCACUAAAGCCACUUGAGGAUUGUAAAUGAGAAACAUGCGUGUGGAAGACGGGCGGAUAGUUAGUCUUGGUUUUGAACCCAUUUCUAAAACCAAGCCUCCAACGCAACGAACGGCCACCAUGCUCCAUGCGUCCGCUGUGGUCGUGUGGGAAUGGCUCAACGAACACGGGCGGUGGCGGCCCUACAGCCCGACCGUCUCCCACCACAUCGAGGCGGUGAUACGAAGCGAUCCCCGUGGUGGGAGCGUCGUGCUAGGCCAAGUCGACAACCGCCUCUCGCCCUACAUCCUAGACCUGCAGUCGAUGCACCAGUUCAGGCAGGACACAGGUAUGAUCCGGCCGGUGCGCCGUAGCUUCUACGAUCCCACGUCGGCGCCGGGCCAGGGUUGGCUGUGGGAGUGGGAGAACGACACGGGCUCCUGGACCCAGUACGACACGGAGGUCGGCAUCGCCAUCCAGACGGCCCGGGACCGCAAGCAGCCCUGGCUGGACCUGGCGCCGCUGGGCUUCUGCUACCUGGUGGACCUGCAGGGCAUGACCCAGGUCAACAGGCAGACCCAGAGACAACGCAGGAUACAGCGGAGGUCCGACGUGGCCUACCCACUAGUGUCAGGACCGGUACCCAGGAACGGAGGUGGAGGAUCGGGUCCGACUGGAGCGUUACUGGGUGUUGGGGUGUCGGGCAUAAACGGACGCGCUGUGUACACAAGCGGCGGGCAGGCGACCAUGCAGUCCCUCGCCGGGCAGCCGUGCUCCUGCCAGCAGUGCAUGCUGGUCUUUAGUGUGAAGCAGAGCACAGUGAGGUCAUCGACGCACAAGUUGGGCCACCGGCCGAGUAAACCUCAGAGUAAACCACCCAGCCCCAAAUCCCCCGCUAGAUCUGCGUACUCCAAAACCUUACCUCACGGACUCUCCAUAUCCCGGAACCAGUCCUCACCGCGACGGAAUGCUGCCCUCUUCGCCCGCUCCCUCUCUCUCCUCAGCGCCCAAACGGGCACCCUCUCCAUCUCCAACCGACCCCCUCCUCCCUCCCUCCCGCCCCCUCAGCCGCCCCUCCUCCAAUCAGGGCCGCCGUCCGUCCGUGCCGCCCCCUCUCCCUCCUCCACGAGUCAACCGGUGCCUACGGCCACGCUCGUCACCCCGGCGACAGCCGUGACGUCACCGCCCUCUCCGUGCCGUCCCCCGUCGCCGCGGCCCAUGGCUCCCCAGCGCUCGGCGGCGUGCUCUGCCCCCUGCCCCAGGUCCAGUCUGGCUGGGCUCAGCCGGCCCGCCCUGCAACGCAUAGCCAUGGCCCAGUCACAAGCCCUCAUUGCCUCUGGCGUGCCCACUGUCCCAGUGAAGAACCUCAGUGGGAACAGCCCGGUCCACCCAGCUCUGGCCGGUAUCACGGGGAUCCUGAUGAGCGCUGCGGGGUUCCCUGUGUGUCUCACCCGCCCACCCAAACUGGUGCUGCACCCCCCGCCCGUCAGCAAGAGGGACAUCAAGCCCGUCCCCGGCCUGGGCCACUGUUGCCGCAAGACCACCAAGAAACAGGCCCGCAAAGGUAAGACAACAGAGGAGGUGGUGAAGCAGUAUCUUCAGAAAGUCAGGAUAGCACCAGAGGAGAACUGUACCAUCUGUAUGGAGGCCCUCGGGGGGGCGUCAGGCUACAAGGGUGGUGACUUCAUAGGUCGCCUGGCCCAGUGUGGGCACCAGUACCACCUCCAGUGCCUGGUGGCCAUGUACAACAACGGCAACAAAGAUGGCAGCCUGCAGUGUCCUACCUGCAAAACCAUCUAUGGCGUGAAGACGGGCAACCAGCCGCCCGGGAAGAUGGAGUACCACGUCAUCCCCCACUCGCUGCCUGGCCACCACGACUGCAAGACCAUCCGCAUCAUCUACAACGUCCUGCCUGGCAUCCAGGGCCCAGAGCACACCAACCCAGGCAAGCCCUUUACAGCCAGGGGGUUCCCGCGUCACUGCUACCUCCCAGACAGCGAGAAGGGACGCAAGGUACUCAGACUCCUGCUGACCGCGUGGGACCGGCGCCUGGUCUUCUCGGUGGGCACGUCCAGCACCACAGGCGAGUUGGACACGGUCAUCUGGAACGAGGUGCACCACAAGACGGAAUUUGGCUCCAACCUCACGGGCCACGGCUACCCCGACCCUAGCCAUCUAGACAACGUCCUGGAUGAACUGAAAGCACAGGGCAUCACCGAGGAAGAGGAGCAAUGAUAGGAGGAAGAGGAGGAGACAGGACGAUUAAUUAAUUCAGACUCUACCAGCAUUUAAAUGGGGUGGCGGUUUGGUGUAGAGGGGAAAGGUCCAAUUACACUUUGGAAGAUUCUCUGAAGAUGCUGAUUGAUUGGAGGGUCCUAGAGGUUUGGGAAAUCACACAAGCACACAGUGGAGUGUUAGGGUGUUUGUUUGAGUGAUGGCCCAGGAGCGAGGGAACGAGAGAGAGAAAUAGGCUCAGGCUUUGUUUAGAUUUGACUGUGGUCAAAAUGAUGACUACACAGGUAUAGUUAGAUACUAGCUAAAUAAAUUACAAAGAGUUGAGAGGUGGUACCAAGUUA